AUGACAGAAUCUAAGGGUGAUCCAGCUGAUUUAUUAGCAUCAUUAAAGAUUGAUGGUAAGGAGAAGGAGGUGAAGCCUUCUGCUGACAUUGAAAAGAAGACAGAGGACAAAGAGGGAGAACAAGAAGAACAAAAGACUAAGGACGUUAAUCAAGACGAAUCGAAAAAGGAAGACGAACCAAAGAAGGACGACGAAUCAAAACAGCAACAAGAGACCAAUUUAGUUAAAUCCGAAUAUGAAGUUAAAGUUAACUUUGCUGAUAUACAAGCAGACCCCAAUUCACCACUUUACAGUGUUAAAUCAUUUGAAGAAUUAGGACUAUCACCAGAAUUACUCAAGGGUCUUUAUGCUAUGAAAUUUCAAAAACCAUCCAAGAUUCAGGAGCAUGCCCUACCGCUGUUAUUACACAAUCCGCCACGUAAUAUGAUCGCGCAGUCACAAUCAGGUACAGGUAAAACAGCGGCAUUUUCAUUGGCAAUGUUAACUCGUGUUAAUCCUGAGCUUGGUGAAGCUACACAGGCCAUUUGUCUAGCACCAUCCCGUGAAUUAGCAAGACAAACUUUAGAAGUUAUUCAAGAAAUGGGUAAAUUCGCCAAGAUUUCAACACAGUUAAUUGUACCUGAAGCCUUUGAAAAAGGCCAACAGAUUAAAGCUCAAGUUGUUGUCGGUACACCGGGAACUGUGUUAGAUUUAAUUAGACGUAAAUUGAUUAAUCUUUCACAAGUUAAGAUCUUUGUUCUAGAUGAAGCUGAUAACAUGUUAGAUAAACAAGGUCUUGGUGAUCAAUGCAUUCGUGUCAAGAAAUUUCUGCCCAAAUCUACUCAAUUGGUAUUGUUUAGUGCUACUUUUCCUGAUCAAGUUAAAGAGUAUGCUAAGCGCGUAGUGCCCGAUGCUAACAGUUUGGAACUACAACGUAAUGAAGUCAACGUCAGCGCAAUUAAACAACUUUACAUGGAUUGUAACGAUGAAAGCCAUAAAUACGAGGUAUUGACAGAAUUGUAUGGAUUAUUGACCAUUGGAUCUUCAAUUAUAUUUGUCUCGACAAAGAAAACUGCUAAUUUGCUAUAUGCCCGUCUAAAGCAAGAAGGUCAUCAAGUUUCCAUUUUGCAUGGUGACUUACAAUCCAAGGAGCGUGAUAGACUAAUUGAUGAUUUCCGUGAAGGUCGCUCUAAGGUUUUAAUUACGACUAAUGUUUUGGCAAGAGGUAUUGACAUUCCCACCGUUUCCAUGGUUGUCAAUUACGAUUUGCCUACAACACAAACUGGACAACCUGAUCCUUCUACCUAUGUGCACAGAGUUGGUAGAACCGGUAGAUUUGGUAGAAAGGGUGUUGCCAUUUCAUUUGUCCAUGACAAGAAGUCUUACCAGAUACUGUCGUCAAUUCAAAAAUACUUUCAAGAUGUGGAGAUGACAAGAGUGCCUACCGAUGACUGGGAUAAAGUGGAAAAAAUUGUCAAGAAAGUACUAAAAGAAUAA